AUGCCUCGUCGGAAGUCUCUAUUGAUCGGCAUCAACUACACUGGGAGUGACAAUGAGUUGAAUGGAUGCCACCAAGAUGUCGACAAUGUUGCAAAAUUCAUCAAGUAUCGAGGUUAUCAGGACACUCCACAAGACCGAGUUGUUCUCCGUGACGACUUGGCCGAAGAAUACGCACCGACAGGACACAACCUCCUGGCGGCGAUGGACUGGCUGGUCAGUGAAGAACAUACAACAUGCUUCUUCCACUAUUCUGGUCAUGGUGGACAGAUUGACGACCCGAACGGCAAACGUCCAUCGGGCCUGCUCGAUACCAUUGUACCUGUGGACUUCGAAGAUAAUGGCCAGAUUGACUCGGAUAUGCUCCAUAAACAUCUCGUGACCAAGUUACCGCCAAGCAGCACUCUGUUUCUCAUCCUUGACUGUUGCCACUCUGGGUCAACUUUGGAGUUGCCGUUCGUCUACCGAAGCGAUGACGAUGGCAAUAUCCAUGCACUAGACGGUUACCAAGCCGGAGUUGCGCUCCUGAAAGAAGCAAAACGAUUGAUCACUGGCAGUUUCAACCUUGACAGAGAAGCUCAAGCUCGAGACCUUUAUGCUGGAGCAACCUCGUUCUUGCGCAGUCUGCGACACAAUCAACAUAUGACCGGCCUCGCUGCUUCAGACGACUUCUCUCAAGACUAG